GCCACUCUGUAACCGGGGGAGAUGGCGCGUGCCCUUCCUUGAGAAACAUAAACGGUAUGUAGACAAUGAUUGGCGUGUGACACCGAAAUGUACACGUCUGACUGGCAGUGCAUGUGUUUAAUGCUCUAAACGAAUUGUAGAGGCAUCUGCAACCAGUUGACAAUCCGCCAAAAUUACCACCCCAAACGGAGCUGUAUUUUUGGUGGUCUGCAGUAGCCUACCCUAUAGCUGAUUCUGCACGAUCACCGAGGAGGGGAGGGGGGGAGCACAGGGUUGGGUUUAGGACCGCGUAGCCUCUGCCUCUCCGUUUGUCCAGUACCGGGACGGUAAGGGGAAAGCCCGGGCACUCCUGGGCCAUGGCAGCGGGAGGAGGAUGCGGGGAGUCGGUGGACCAGUACAGGGCCGAGGUGGAACGCCUCACUCGGGAGCUCGCCGAGGCGAACCGGGAGAAGAUCCGAGCGGCAGAAUGCGGUCUGGUAGUGCUGGAGGAGAAUCAGACGCUGAAGCAGCAGUACGCGGACCUGGAAUCCGAGCAGGAGACGCUGAAGAGGGAGCUGGAGCAGUUGCAGGAGGCGUUUGGCCAGGCCUACUCCCAGCAGCGCAAGGUGGCGGAGGAUGGGGAGAGCAACGAGGAGACGCUGCUGCAGGAGUCGGCCAGUAAGGAGGCGUACUACAUGGGCCGGCUUCUGGAGUUGCAGACCGAGCUGAAGAACAACCGCUCGGUGGCUUCCAACGCCCAGGCCGAGAGCGAGAGGCUCAACAUGCUCGUGCAGGAGCUCAGGGAGAGUAAUGAGGUGUUGGACCUUCAGAGGGGUCGGAUGCGGGAGGAGAUUAGAGAGUACAAGUUCAGAGAGACGCGCCUCCUCCAGGAUUACACAGAGCUGGAGGAGGAGAACAUCACCCUACAGAAACUAGUGUCCACACUUAAACAGAACCAGGUGGAGUAUGAGGGCCUGAAGCACGAGAUCAAGGUCCUUGAGGAGGAGACAGCGCUGCUCAAUAGCCAGCUGGAGGACGCGCUGCGUCUGAAGGACAUCUCGCAGGCGCAGCUGGAGGAGGCGCUGGACGCGCUCAAGAGCGAGCGCGAGCAGAAACACGGCCUCCGCAAGGAGCUGGCGCACCACCUGAGCCUGAGUGACAGCGUCUACGGCGCCGGGGCCCACCUGGCACUCGCCGCUGUCGAUCAGCUCCGCUUUGCCAGCGAGACCGACGUCGUCACAGCCACCGGCACGCCCACGGCCAACGGGUCGGCCGGCCUGCACGGCCUCCCUGGGUCCACCCUGUCCAGCCCCGGCGUCGAGGACUUGGGGCGCUGCAACGGGCAUCACCUCGGCAACAAGGCGACGGCGAAUGGCACGGCGGAGUUUGGCGGGCACCGCGGCGGCACGGGGAGGAACGGGGUGGACCCUGCCGUGCUGCCCCCAGUGGCCGAUCUGUUCAGCGAGCUCAACCUCUCAGAGAUGCAGAAACUCAAACAACAGCUCAUUCAGGUGGAGCGUGAGAAGGCGUCUCUGCUGGUGACGUUGCAGGAGUCGCAGACACAGCUGCAGCACACGCAGGGCGCCCUGACCGAGCAGCACCGCCGCGUCCACCGGCUCAACGAGCGCAUCAGCGCCAUGCACCGUCUCUACGGCAACAAGCAGUUUGACGCCGAGGAGACCGAGAAGGACGCUGACCACAACACAGAGGACGCCACCGCCACCAACGGCUGCUUCAACAACCCGGACGACGUCGAGCUCCACGGCUUCGAGGUGCUGGAGGGUAAGUACCGCGUGGCGGUCACUGAGGUGAUCGACCUGAAGGCCGAGCUCAAGACGCUGAAGGAGAAGCACAACCAGGCGGUGGAGAGCCAAUCGGAAGAGAGGAGCCGCAGCGAGGGCAAGGUGCGCACGCUGACCGAGCAGAUGGGCAGGCUGGAACAGCGGAGAUGCCUCGAGGCCGAGGCUGGCGUCGUGGGCGCUGGAGGCCCGACCUUGUGACCCUGUCGGCCUGGCCUGGCGAGCCACAGCAUGAUGACAGCGGCGCAGGACGAGCUGGCCACCUUCAGCGAGGAGCUUGCGCAGCUUUACCACCACGUCUGCCUGUGCAACAACGAGACGCCCAACCGCGUCAUGCUGGACUACUAUCGGCAGAGCCGCGUCACACGCAGCGGCAGCCUCAAAGGGCCCGAAGACCCGCGCGCCCUGCUCUCCCCACGCCUGGCCCGCCGCCUGGCCGCCGGGUCCACCUCCUCCUCCGACCCCCCCAGGAGUCCCCAGGAUUCGCCCUCCAAAGAGCCCCCGCCAUCCUCGUCGUCAGCGGGCAGCGGUGGCAGUGGGGGGGAGGGAGGCCAGGGCAGCCCCAGCCGCACCACCCAGGGCUCCGCAUCACCGGUCAACAUCAGUUUCUCCCCGUGCCUGUCGCCCACACCGGACAGCGGCUCCAGUGGCGGCGGUGGAGACCUGCGAAAAGAGCCUAUGAACAUCUACAACCUGAACGCCAUCAUCCGCGACCAGAUCAAGCACCUGCAGCGGGCCGUGGAUCGCUCCCUGCAGCUGUCCCGCCAGCGGGCUGCCGCCCGCGAACUGGCCCCCGUGAUGGACAAGGACAAGGAGGCGUGCAUGGAGGAGCUGCUCAAGCUCAAGUCCCUCCUGAGCACCAAGAGAGAGCAGAUCGCCACACUGCGGCUGGUGCUCAAGGCCAACAAACAGACUGCAGAGGUAGCUCUGGCCAACCUGAAGAGCAAGUAUGAGAACGAGAAGUCCAUGGUGACGGAGACCAUGAUGAAGCUGCGCAACGAGCUGAAGGCUCUAAAGGAAGAUGCAGCCACCUUCUCCUCCCUCAGAGCCAUGUUUGCCACCAGAAGCUGGCGCGCACGGCGCCUGGAGGACCUGGAGUUCGACCCCAGCAGCAGGCCUUCGAGGGCCAGGGCGGCCAGCAAGCUGGCCAAGCUCAAGAGGCCCCCCCAAAGUGAGUGUCGAGCGGCGUUCACAGCCCCAGGCCCCACGGCCCCUCUGUCCCCACGGUGGGUCGGCCUCCCCCCCCCCACUCUCCUCACCCCGUCCAGCAUGUUCCCCGUGGCAGUCAACUCGCCGUCCUUGGAGGCUCCUCCCACCCCUUCCUCCUCAGCAGCUGCUACCUGGUCGUUGCUGGGUCAGCCGCCGUGCAUUGUGAGUAGUCAGACGCUGAUGGUGGCCUUCAGGCUUGAGCCCCGAGUUCAAUCGCCCAGCCCAGACCAGACCACAACCCCACAGCCUAAGCCGUUCCUCCCUGCUCCGCCCGGCUUGUUCAAGACCCCCACUAGUCCUGUCACGGCAGUCUUCCCCGAGGAGUCGGCCCACUCCACGGCCUGCCGCUGUGUGUGUGUGUGUGUGCUUGUGCGUGUGCGCAUGUGUGUGUCCUUGUCUCUCUCUGUACUAACCCUGACUGUCAUCCCUCUGUAUAUCUGUCUAAUGUAUCAGUCUCUUGUAGAUUGUCAGCAGCCUGCUGUCGCAGUACCAGCACACACAUCCCAACUAAAGCAAGGAAGUGUGCCGUUGGGCCGCAGUCCUAAUGUGGAGGUGGUUCUCCGGGAGGACCGGAUGGCUUCAGCCAGCGCUGGGAACCGAAGUGCCCUCUCCCCCUGUGAACCCUUCAGAUGUCUGGCCCAGACAGCCUUCCCAACCAGACCAUAAGGCGCACACUCAUGCACACACACACACACACAUGCAUAAACAGAGAAACUCAGCCUGGUCAGUACCUGUAUCUCAAGUGAACCCCCUACCCACUCCACCCCACACACACACACGCACACACAGUCAGAUAUCCAAGUUUCUCUGACCUCAACAAGGCCCUUCCCUUUCUGCAGAGCCGUCAUGGCAACAAACUCGGGCUUCAGUUGACUGGGGUGGUAAAUGUCCAAGAAUGGAGUGAACUGCAACACAUAAAUACUUAUUAAUAUAUUUAUUUGUGUUUAUUUAUUCAUGGUGAAUAUUAAUGGAUUGUUGUGUGAUAUUUCAGUUCUUGAUUGGUAUUAUUGUUUUGGACUCAGUUCAAGAAGAACAGCCUUGCUGUGAUAUUGAUACUUGGAUUUGUUGGAGACCAGCUGCUUUUUUUUGCCUUUUUUGCCUUUUUUAUUGAAACAAGUUUAAUUUUGAGUAAUUGUUUGUAGAUUUGAAAACAAAUGUUAAAGAAGACACUCAACUGAAAGUUACAAGAUAUGUUAAGUGUGGGUGUUGCAAGGUUGGGGUAUUAAGUUGCUAUUCAUCAUCAUCAGUAUAGGACAGCACAGUGAGAAAGAGUUAUCAGUUGUGAGAUGCUGAAAUUCACAAUGCUGUUUGAGUAUGUAGUUUUCAUGAUCAUGCUCAGUUGAAAAAGAAUGUUAGAAUAUGAAGCAUUUUGAAGCCCUCAGGUCUUAAACUCAUGUGAGACAUGUCCUAGUGAUUUUUUUUUUAAAUAGCAGGAAAGUAUUGAUGAGAGAUUUGAAUGGUAUAGUAUUUGAAUUCAAGUGACUGAAUUGGGUUGAUUCAGAUAUAAUGUCUAGCCUAUAUUUGAGGUAUUUGUUUUUUUUAAUAUAUUUUAUUAAAUGUUUAUGUUAUUUACAAUACACACAAAGAUUAUAUUUUAUACUUGUGUUAAAUUUGUUUAACCACUGGUUUGGUGAGGCUUUUGGAUUGAGAGAGAGAGAGAGAGUAGUCAGAUAGUUGAGAGAGAGUGUCUGAAACUGAUUGCACUAAGCGUAUGUGUGUGAGUAAAAUAAGAAUAGUUCAUAACUGAUAAGUGAAGUUCAGGUGGGGGGUAUGACUGAGCUAAAAAACGAUAUUCACCCUUACUCACUCAUGUGAGUUGAACACAUAGCCUUGCCCCAAUGUCAAACCUCUAUAAAGAGGAAAUGCUAUGCUAUAAAGGGGAAAUGCUAUGCUAUAAAGGGCAAAUUAUAUAUUUCCCAGUGUUCUGAUAUUAACUGCCUACAGCCCCCCAAAAAAAAACAAACACGUACAUGUAUCUACCAUUUCUCAACUCUCAAUACCAGGGGCUGCUCACCAUUGUGCCCUUGAGCAAGGCACUUAACUCGGACUGUCUCAGUAGGCAUAACAGUGUCUGAUAAAUGACCUUGUAAAAAUGACCUGUUGUCAUAAGAGUGUCUGAUAAAUGACCUUGUAAAAAUGACCUGUUGUCAUAAGAGUGUCUGAUAAAUUACCUUGUGAAAAUUACCUGUUGUCAUAAGAGUGUCUGAUAAAUUACCUUGUAAAAAUUACCUGUAGUCAUAAGAGUGUCCGAUAAUUGACCUUGUAAAGAUGACCUGUUGUCAUGAGAGUGUCUGACAAAACCUUGUAAAAAUUACCUGUAGUCAUAAGAGUGUCUGGGAAAUGACCUUUGUAAAGAUGACCUGUUGUUCUUCAUCAUGUUUUCACCAGAUGUUGAGUGUGACACUAGAAAGAAUGUGGCCCUGAAAUAGUACAGGUCAACCAGAUACUCACCAGAACUGGACCACCAGUUCCACCAGUCUGAGAAGGAUCUGCUGAUUGUGAUGUGUCCUUCCUAACGAGCAUUGGUCAACUCUGAUGCUGUUGCCGGUAACCUGUACCCGUGUUCAGUGUAAUGACAUCACUGAAAUUAGCACAAGCUAUGCACCAUGAUGUUAAACUCUGAUUUAACCUUUAGGAGACCUAAGCCAGGUGUUGUCUCCCUGAGAGACCAAAGGACACUGGAUCUGUCUCUUCCUCUCUCUCUUCCUCUCUCUCUCCCCCCCUCUCUCUGGAAAUAAUCUGAAAUGCUUUCCAGGUAUAAAAGAGAAGUAUGAUCAGUGGGAAAUGAUUGUGUGUUUCAAGACCACAAUUCAAGAUCACAUCUUUUCUGAGAGAUAACGUUUUACACAAAAACCACCAGCCUUUAAAUGAUGAUGAUUGCAGGAAAUGAAUACUUAGACAAUGAAAAGUUUGUAUGGGUUUGAGUUGUCAUGUUUCUGUAGGUUUCUAUUUCAUGGUGAGUAGGGCAUAGUCCAAUCCAGACCAUUGGAAAAGGUCUCCUUCCCGUUGCAUGAUUUGUUCUUUUAUGGCUCUUACACCUUGAGCAAAUGAUCCUUGAGGCAUGUCAAACUUCAUCUUCCUGAAAUCAAUGGAUUCAGAGGGGCAGUGCAGAAUAAACAUAGCCUGGUUAGCACCAAUUGAAAUUGAGAUUGGGUCUGAACAAAGCCAAGGGGCUUCCAAGGGGCUUCACCAAAGGACGCCGAUCAAAAUGCCUCUGAACACAAUUGGAUAGACCUAAAACCAAUCAGAGCAAUGAGUAUAUAAGUAUAAGUAUAUAUACUCUUUUGAUCCCGUGAGGGAAAUUUUGUCUCUGCAUUUAUCCCAAUCCGUGAAUUAGUGAAACACACACAGCACACAGUGAACACACAGUGAGGUGAAGCACACACUAAUCCCGACGCAGUGAGCUGCCUGCUACAGUGCCGCUCGGGGAACAGUGAGGGGUUAGGUGCCUUGCCCAAUGAAGGAGAUGACAUAUAAUAUGCAGAGCAACGGAAAAAAACAUCUCAACAAACUAAUGUUUUAUCAAAAACUGCUUUGAUGUCAUCAUGUUCAGCUUGCCUCAACUGUUGUGAUUGGUGCCCGGGUAUUAGGAACAUUGGAGUGAAUGGCGUCUUUGCCUGACGGACCUGCAGAGCAAAUUCAAAUUUCCUAAAGGUUUGUCUGGGUUUUUCCAGGCUAAAAUAAACACCUUAUCUGGCAACAUCUUAUGCCUAUAGCCUAUUAAAGAAAAGUUUACAUGUCUGUGACUCUCGUCUGUUCUGGUGGAAACAAAUAUGCAUUGGCAAGAGAAUUUAACCGUUUGUGCAUGGGCAUGUGUGUGUGUGUAUGUGUGUGUGUCUGUGUGUUUGUGAGAGAUUGUGGGUGAGUGAGUGUGACUUUAUUACACAUCAGUUUGGUUUUACCCCUAAUAUCCCUACUAUUAUUCAUAUCUUUUCAAAGAGAAACUUCAGUGUACGCUGAUGUCUCUUGGAAUUACAGCAGCCCCUUUAGUUUGCAUAAGAGGACAAUGGAAUUACCCUGGCUUCUAUGAGUGUGUUGGUGACACUAAUCAAUCAAUAAAAAAAGACCAAUCAACAUCUGAGAGAGAUAAACUAUAUAUAAAAAAUAAAAUGGCAAUAUGCUGGUCUAGGUUUUACUGUAUGUGUUUCCUAUUCCUUUUGCAGUCCUGUAUUAUCUGUUUAAUUAUAAAAU